AGCGGUGGCGUGCGGAGCAGGGACACUGCGGCUUUAAGGGGAACUUUACGGCGGUCUGCUGAUGGUGGCGUGAAACGGACGUGUGCUGGGCAGAUAGAGUGUGGCAGCUGUACGCAGAGGGGAGGCUGCUGACGAUGUGAUAGGUGGACGCGUUAUCACAUUCAAGGGAGUCAGAUGCAGACGUAACACACCGAGCCCAGCUCCCUGGACGUGCACCUGCCCCAGGGCCUUCUGGGAUCAGUAAAAGUCAGACAAUCGAUGCCUUGAGGUCAGGUCUAGCAGCCAGGCAGGGCUCGCCGGGGAGGAGUCCUUCAUCUGUCACGGUUUUGGAGUCGCGUUCUGAUCCACAAGGGCGUGAGGAACCCAGGAAAACCAUGUUUUCCUCAAAUUUCCUGAGUGGGGCCAACCCCCUCAGCGCCAUGUCGUCCGCAGUGAAUAAGCUCAGCCUGUUUGGGGAUGAGGAGGCGCAGAAGGAGGCCAAGGAUGAAGAAGGCGGGAUGAAGCAGAAGGCUGAUCCGAAGCCUCAUCAGCAGCAGGCCCCACAGCAGGGCUCCCCCAGAAGGACUGGGCCCAAGAAGCCAGGAGCCAGCAAAGAUGGAACUGAACAGCUCAAGGAUAAGCAGCAAGGCCCUGGUCCCCCCCCGGCGGGGCCAGCCGGCGCAGGGCCACAACCACCAGGGCCGUCGGUUUGCCCCAUCUGCAAGUCCACCCAGCUGAACCUGCACACGCAGGAAGAGCCCAACCACAGCACCUGCACGCAGUGUCAGGCCGUGGUGUGCAGCCUGUGUGGCUUCAGCCCUCCUGGCUCCGCGGUUAAGGAGUGGCUCUGUCUCAACUGCCAGAUGCAGAGAGCUCUCGGAGGUAUGGAACCUCCAGGCCCACCUCCAAUGAAGGCUCAGCAACAGCCUCCCAAGCAGACCUCUGCAUUGGCCUCCACCACCAUCAAGCAAGCCCCUGUAAUGGAGCAGGCUGUAAAGCCAGAACCUGGCAAGACCACAGAUAGCGAAAAGCCCUCGCUGGCUAAGCAGGAAGUCUUAACACAGCCGGGGCAGCCAGGAUCUCCAAGAGCACGGAAAGGGUCUGUUUCCACUGAGUUGGACCCUUCCAAAUCUAAGAAACCAGCAGACCAAACUCCAGCUGGGAAGAAGCUAGAUCCCCAGCUGCCAGCACCAGCCUCAGCUAAGGACCAUACCAAGCCUUUACAGCCACAGCAGUCACCAGGCCAGCACCCGGCAGCGGAGGCCCCAAGUGGGAUGCCAAAAGUAGAUCCCAAGGCAGGCCAUCCAUUGCAGGACCCAGGGAAAUUUCAACAGUUGCCAAAGGGCGGCCAGGGUCCUCCUGCCAAAUCUACACCUCCACCACAGGCUCCGCCUCCUAAGGAGGAGUCUGGUUUCUUUGGUCUGAGUUUUGGUGGUUUGACUGAGGCAUCCAAACAGUUCACUGCCCCACAGCCGCCUGCUGAGUCAGUAACCGGGAAGUUGUUUGGGUUUGCUGGUUUCACAGAGUCACCCAAACCUCAGCCCACUGCCCCACAGCCGGUUGCAGAGUCAGUCACUGGGAAGUUGUUUGGGUUUGGAGGAACCACAGAGUCCCCAAAAACUCAGCCCACUGCCCCAGAGCCAGCUGCAGAGUCAGUUACUGGGAAGUUGUUUGGGUUUGGAGGAACCGCAGAGUUCCCCAAAACUCAGGCCAAUGCCUCGCAGUCAGCUACAGAGUCGAUAACUGGAAAAUUGUUUGGGUUUGGAGGCACUACAGAGACCCCAAAAACUCAGCCCACUGCCCCACAGUCAGCUGCAGAGUCAAUCACUGGGAAGUUGUUUGGAAGCACUACGGAGUCCCCUAAAACUCAGCCCACUGCACCAGAGCCAGCUGCAGAGUCGAUCACUGGAAAAUUGUUUGGGUUUGGAGGCACCACAGAGUCCCCAAAAACGCAGCCGACUGGGCAAAAAUCAGCUGCAGAGUCAAUCACUGGGAAGUUGUUUGGAGGCACCACUGAGACACCAAAAACUCAGCCCACUGCCCCACAGACAGCUGCAGAGUCAAUAACUGAGAAGUUGUUUGGAGGCACCACUGAGACACCAAAAACUCAGCCCACUGCCCCACAGUCAGCUGCAGAGUCUGUUGCUGGGAAAUUGUUUGGACUCAGUGGCACCAAGGAAUCUCCAAAAACUCAGCCCAGUGACUCACAAUCGCUUGCAGAGUCAGUCACGGGGAAAUUGUUUGGAUUUGGAGGCACCACAGAGUCCCCAAAAAUUCUGCCCACUGGCCAACAGUCAGCUGCAGAGUCGAUCACUGGGAAGUUGUUUGGAAGCAAUACGGAGUCCCCAAAAACUCAGCCCACUGCUCAACAGUCAACUGCAGAGUCAGUCACUGGGAAAUUGUUUGGGUUUGGAGGCAUCACAGAGACCACAAAAACUCAGCCCACUGCUCAACAGUCAGCUGCAGAGUUGAUCACUGGGAAGUUGUUUGGAAGCACUACGGAGUCCCCAAAGACUCAGCCCACUGCCUCACAGUCAGCCUCAGAGUCAAUCACUGAGAAGUUGUCUGGAGGCACCACUGAGACACCAAAAACUCAGCCCACUGCCCCACAGUCAACUGCAGAGUCUGUUGGUGGGAAAUUGUUUGGAUUCAGUGGCACUAAGGAAUCGCCGAAAAUUCAGCCCAGUGACUCACAAUCGGUUGCAGAGUCAUUCACUGGGAAAUUGUUUGGAUUUGGAGGCACCACAGAGUCCCCUAAAAUUCAGCCCACUGCCUCAGAGUCAGCUGUAGGGUCGAUCACAGGAAAAUUGUUUGGGUUUAGUGGCAGCAAAGAAUCACCCAAACCUCAACCUGCUACCCCACAGCCAACAACAGAAUCAAUCACUGGGAAGUUGUUUGGGUUUGGAGGCACCAUAGAGUCCCCAAAAACUGAACCCACUGCCCCCCAGUCAGCUGCAGAGGCAAUAACUGGGAAGUUGCUUGGGUUUGGUGGCCCCAGAGAGUCUGCAAAAACUCAGCUUACUACCCCAGAGUUAGCCGCAGAGUCAGUCACUGGAAAGUUGUCAGGAAAAGGUGGACUCACUGAAUCAUCAACAUCUCAGCCCACUAAAUCACAGUUGGCUGCUGAGUCAGUCAGUGGAAAGUUGUCUGGGUUCAGUGACACCAUGGAAUACCCAGAAAUUCAGCCCACUACCCCACGGUUAGCUGUAGAGUCAGUUACCGGUAUGCUGUUUGGAGGCACCAUGGAGUCUCCAAAUACUCAGCCUGCUGUCCCAGAAUCAGCUACAGAGUCAGUCACUGGGCUGUUGUUUGGAGGUACUACGGAUUCCCCAAAUACUCAACAAACUACCCGGGAGUCAGCUACACAGCUAGUUACCGAGGUGUUGCUUGGUGGCACCAUGGAGUCCCAAAAUGCUCAGCCUAUUGACCUAGAACCAGCUACAGAUCUAGUUACCGAGGUGUUGUUUGGAGGCACCACGGAGUCCCCAAAUACUGAGCCUAUUGCCACAGAACCAGCUACAGAUCUAGUUACCAAGGUGUUGUUUGGAGGCACCACGGAGUCCCCAAAUACUGAGUCUAUUGUCACAGAGUCAGCUACAGAGCUAGUUACCGACGUGUUGCUUGGUAGCACCACGGAGUCCCCAAAUACUGAGCCUAUUGUUACAGAGUCAGCUACAGAGCUAGUUACCAAGGUGUUGUUUGGAGACACCACGGAGUCCCCAAAUACUGAGCCUAUUGUCACAGAGUCAGCUACAGAACUAGUUACCGGGAUGUUGUUUGGAGGCACCAUGGAGUCCCCAAAUACUGAGCUUAUUGCUACAGAGCUAGUUCCUGAAGUUUUGCUUGGUGGCACCACGGAGUCCCCAAAUACUGACCCUAUUGUCCCAGAGUCAGAUACAGAGCUAGUUACUGGAACAUUGUUUAGAGGCACCACAGAGCCCCCAAAUACUCAGUCUACUACCCAAGAUUCAGCUAGAGAGUCAGAAAGUGGAAAGAUAUCUGGGUUCAGUGGCACCAUGGAGUCCCAAGAAACUCAGCCUAUUGCCUCAUCUUCAGCUGUAGAGUUAGGUACCAGAAACUUGUUUACAGACACCACUGAUGAGCCUUCUGAUUCAAAGUUGGCUGUACAGUCUGGUACUGGAAAGUUGUUUGGAGGCAUCGCUGAGUCUUCAGCAACUCAACCCAGUGCCCCGCAGUCGGUCGCAGAGUCGGUCACCGGAAAGUUGUUUGGAUUUGGUGGCACUAAGGAAUUGCCAAAAAUUAAGCCCAAUGACUCACAAUCAGUUGCAGAGUCGGCCACUGGGAAGUUGUUUGGGUUUGGAGGCACCACAGAAUCCCCAAAAACUCAAUCCACCGCCCCACAAUCAGCUGCAGAGUCAAUCACUGGGAAGUUGUUUGGAAGCACUACAGAGUCCCCAAACACUCAACCCACUACCCCACAGUCUGCUUCUGAGUUUGUCACUGGGAAAUUGUUUGGAUUCGGCAACACCAAGGAAUCUCCAAAAACUCAGCUCAGUGACUCACAAUCAGUUGCAGAGUCAGUGACUGGGAAGUUCUUUGGGUUUGGAGGCACCACAGAAUCCUCAAAAACUCAAUCCACAACCCCACAGUCAGCUGCAGAGUCAAUCACUGGGAAGUUGUUUGGGCUUGGAGGCACCACAGAAUCCCCAAAAACUCAACCCACUGCCCCUCAGUCAGCUGCAGAGUCUGUCACUGGGAAAUUGUUUGGAUUCAGUGACACAAAGGAAUCACCUAAAUCUCAGCCUAGUGAAUCACAAUCGGUGGCAGAGUCAGUCACUGGGAAGUUGUUUGGGCUUGGAGGCACCACAGAAUCCCCAAAAACUCAACCCACUGCCCCUCAGUCAGCUGCAGAGUCUGUCACUGGGAAAUUGUUUGGAGGCACCACUGAGACACCAAAAACUCAACCCACUGCCCCUCAGUCAGCUGCAGAGACUGUCACUGGGAAAUUCUUUGGAUUUGCUGGCACUAAGGAAUCGCCAAAAACUCAGCCCAGUGAUGCACAAUCGGCGGCAGAGGCAGUCACUGGGAAGUUGUUUGGAGGCACCGUGGAGUCCUCAAAAAUUCAGCCAACUGCCCCACAGCCAGCUGCCGAGUCAGUCACUGGGAAGUUAUUUGGAGGCACCACUGAGACACUAAAAACUCAACCCACUGCCCCACAAUCAGCAGCAGAGUCUGUCACAGGGAAAUUGUUUGGAUUUGGUGGCACAAAGGAGUCAUCAAUAACUCAGCCCAGUGACUCACAAUCAGUUGCAGAGUCAGUCACUGGGAGGUUAUUUGGGUUUGGAGUCACUACAGAGUCCCCAAAAACUCAACCCACAGCCUCAGAGUCAGCUUCAGAGUCGAUCACAGGGAACUUGUUUAGAAGCACUACAGAGUCUCCAAACACUCACCCCACUGUCCCACAUUCAUCUGCAGAGUCAGUCACCGGGAAAUUGUUUGGAGGCACCACUGAGCUACUUAAAACUCAAUCAACUGUCCCACAGUCAACCGCAGAGUCUGUUACUGGGAAAUUGUUUGGAUUUGGUGGCACCAAGGAGUCAUCAAAAUCUCAGCCCAGUGACUCACAAUCAGUUGCAGAGUCCAUCACUGGGAAGUUUUUUGGGUUUGGUAGCACAAAAGAAUCAAAAACUCAGCCCAUGGACUCACAGUCUGUUGCAGAUUCAGUCACCGGGAAGCUUUUUGGAUUCAGUGGUACUAAGGAAUCACCAAAAACUCAGCUCUCUGAAUCACAAUCGGUUGCAGCGUCAGUCAAAGGGAAAUUAUUUGGAGGUACCACAGAGUCCCCAAAGACCACUUCCCCACAGCCAUCUGCAGAGUCAGUCACAGGGAAGUUGUUUGAAGGCACCAUGGAGUCUGCGCAAACUGAGCCCACUGCCCCACAGCUGGCUGCAGAGUCGAUCACCAGCAAGUUGUCUGGGUUUGGUGCCACUAAGGAAUCACAAAAAACUCAGCCCACUGACUCACAGCAAGUUGCAGAGUCAAUCACUGGAAAGUUAUUUGGGUUUGCAGGCACCACAGAGUCUGCAAAAACUCAGGCCACUGCCCCCCAGUCAGCUGCAGAGUCGAUUACUGGGAAGUUGUUUGGAGGCACCACUGAGUCAUCAAAAACUCAACCCACUGCCCCACAGUCAGCUGCAGAAUCAAUCACUGGGAAGUGGUUUGGAGGCACCACUGAGACACCAAAAACUCAACCCACUGCCCCUCAGUCAGCUGCAGAGACUGUCACAGGGAAAUUGUUUGGAUUCGCUGGCAACAAGGAAUUGCCAAAAACUCAGCCCAGUGACACUCAAUCGGCAGCAGAGGGAGUCACUGGGAAGUUGUUUGGAGGCACUGUGGAGUCUUCAAAAAUUCAGCCGAUUACCCCACAGCCAGCUGCAAAGUCAGUCACUGGGAAGUUGUUUGGAAGUACCACUGAGACACUAAAAACCCAACCCACAUCCCCACAGCCAGCUGCAGAGUCGACCACUGGGAAGUUGUUUGGGUUUGGAGGCACAACUGAGUCUUCAAAAUCUCAGUCUACUGCCCCCCAAUCAGCUGCAGAGUCAGUCACAGCAAAAUUUUUUGGAUUCGGUGCCAGCAAAGAGUCACCUAAGCCUCAACCUGCUUCCCAACAAUCGGCUGCAGAGCCAGUCACUGGGAAAUUAUUAGGGUUUGGUGGCAUCACAGAGUCACACAAGACUCGACCUACUGCACCACAGACUUCUGACUCUGUGUCAGGAAAGAUGUUUGGCUUUGGCUCUUCCAUUUUCAGCUCUGCUUCCAACCUGAUCUCCUCUGCUGUUCAGGAUGAGCAACCAGCCCAGGCCUCCUCAAAUGCACCUCCAUCUUCCCUACAGGGUAAGGGUGCACCUCCCAAGGAAAAGAAACCCCUUCAGGAGAAAGUGGACAAACCUCUGGCAGAACGCUCAAAUGUAUCUACAACCUCUGCUCCACCUCCUAAAUCCUCACCGUCCAACUGUCCGCUCUGCAAGGUGGCACUCAACAUGGGCUCCAAGGAUCCUCCCAAUUAUGAUACCUGCACGGAAUGCAAAAACACUGUGUGCAACCUCUGUGGAUUUAACCCCAUGCCUCACAUCACAAAGAACGAGUGGCUCUGUUUGAGCUGCCAAACACAACGGGCCCUUGCUGGACAGCUUGGAGACAUGGGCAUGACGCCACCGCCACCCCUGCCCCCCCCAUCAAAGCCAGCCAGUCAGCAGAAAAGUCAGGCCGUCCCUGCAAAAGAAGCCACCCAUUCAGGACCCACUGGUGUCCAAAAGACCGCUGCUGAUCACAAGGCUCCAUCUGCUUCUCCUAAGCGCGCCUCGAUUAGCAAGGCAGCUGGCUCUGCUUCUGAAACCACGGCUGCCCCUGCUGACUCUACAUCCCCUCGAAUAAAGGACCCCAAGUCCACACCUCCUGAAAAAGAUGCCACUCCUGUUCCUCCAUGUGAGAUUGCUCCUCUAGGGCCUACAUCUCUACCUUCUCCAGAACCUCUUCAGCCAAAACUUUGUCUUAAACACCCUGAAGUUGCACAUCCCGAGCUUAUACAUCCCCCUGAAGCUGCUGUUGCUUCUUCAGAAUCGGAACAUUCUGCAGAUAGCCCCCUCACUGAAGUUGAUACUCCUCCCUCUGAACCUCCUGCAGCUCCAGCUACAGCCAGUCCCUCUCCUGAAUCUACAGGUUCGAGUACUUCCACUGAUACUUCUGCUGAGCUAAGUUCUUCUCCUAAAGUUGAUGCUGCCACUCCUGGGCAUGUGCCCCCUUUUGUAGCUCACACAUUGGAACAAGCUACUGUGACUGGACCCCUUGAGGCAAAUAUAGAUUCUCUUUAUGAGCCUAGUCUUGCCCCUGAAGUUGUGGAUCCUUCAAAAGACACUGAGUUUUAUCUUGAGAGUAUUACUGACCUUGAACCUACUCUUCCCCAUGAAGUUGCCAUUUCUUCGUCAGAGUCCAGUGCAGAUUUCUCUGAUUCUCAAAGUGCAUCUACAGAGUCUGCUGCUUCUCAAAUUCCUUCUCCUUUGUUUGAGCCUACACCAUCAGCUGUAGAAGCCGCUGGCCACCCACAGCCUGAUACUGACUCUGUGCAGACUACCACUGUUCCUUCGGUGUUAAAACCUUCUCCAGAAGAUGUUACUGUAAUAACAAAAGAAACUCCACCUCCUAACCCUGUCACUCCUCCAGAGAAGCCUGCUUUAGUACCUAUGCUUUCUUCUCACCCAGAAUCUAGAACUGUUUCUCUUGAAGCUGUUACUGCUCCUCCUGAACGUUUUCUUCCUCUUGACUCAACUGCUUCCCCUUCAGAAUUAGAACUGGCUCAUCAUAAGUCUGCAGAUCAAGCAGAGGCGCUUCUUUACUGUGGUCCUGCUCAUCCACAUGAAGCUUCAGAUGUUCUUCCAGAGGAGGCAGGUGCAACACCACCUCCAGGCAGAGUACUUUCAAGGACAACAUCAAUAGCACAACCUUCGGAAGGGACAGAGGAAGAAAUUAAAAUUGAAGGAGCCCCUCUAGAAGAUAUAGACACUGCUGGCCAGAGGAUCACUUCAAGUUCUUCUGAUAUGACAAACUUAGAAACAAGUGCACUAACAACAUCCAAAGUUCAGCUAAGCAGAACUGACAAUCAUUUAAAUGAUGAUGGAAAUGAAGAAAAAGACCACAGCCCAAGAACUCCACUUGUAUCCCCAGAAUCGCACCAUACACAUGCAAUGCCAGCAGAAGUCCAACAAGAGGAACAGUCACUCUCUGCCAGCCACAGAAAGUUGAAGGUAAAUGAUGCAAUCACAAGUGGAGCACAAUUUUAUGAUUCUGUCAAGGACCAUACUGUGGCUGAAACCUCAACAGUAGUGCAGGGAGUGCAGGAAAACCUGUCCAUCAGCGAUGAAGAGGACGUUAAAAGGAAAUCUAUAACAGAGAGGCACCUGGAUUUGCACAAGGAUGAAAAGGGCGACAUACAUUGGCAGAAGCACAAGCAGGAAGAGAGAAAGGGUAAAGAGGGAGGUACCUCUGGCCAGUACAAGAAGCUUGUCAAAACAACCAGUAUUAGCUAUGAUGAAGCUGAGGAAAGACCAUCUGAGAAACAAGACCAUGAGUAUAGCUCUACUUUACCAUACAAAGAUGUAGGCCCUGUACAACAGAGUUUAGCUGAUGAUGAGCUGGAAAGCCUACCUAAUUCCCCAGAGGACAGGUCAAAGGGUGAAGGAUCCUCCAGCUUUCAUGCAUCCAGUUUUACACCUGGGACAUCACCAACUUCAGUGUCUUCAAUGGAUGAGGAUAGUGACAGCAGUCCGAGUCAUAAGAAACUGAGUGAGCAAAGUAAACAAAGAAAGGCUAGACACAGGCAACAUGGCCACAUACUGCCAACUAUUGAGGACUCCUCUGAGGAAGAGGAAAUGCGAGAAGAAGAGCUCCUCAGGGAGCAAGACAGGUGGGGCGACAUGGAUCAGCAGCAUCUGGCAAAGAGGGGCUCCAGUAGAAAGUCUAAGAAAGGAAAAGAGGAGAUGUGUUCAGAGAGGAGAGGAGAACAUCCAGCCCCUCCUCCAAGGAAUCUCCCCCCCAUUGAAGAUGCCUCUCCAACACAAGAGCUGCGACAGUCAGAGGAAAUGGAAAAACUCCACAGAUCGCCUGCAGAUUCCUCAGGCAUUGAACCUAAAUCUGAGGCAGCAGAGUGUCGUGCAAGUCAGAUUCCCGCUGUGCAGAAAAUACGUGAACCAUCGCUUCAUUCUGUAGUUGAGGAGAAACCAAAGCGUAGAACUAAAGACCAAGUUCAAAUAAUGAUUCCAGAGCAAGGAACAGGUACGCUUUCAGUGCAUGAAGAGGAUAAAAAGUCACCAGAGGAGUAUGAAGGUAUGCCACAAGAAGGGAAGGAUUCAACACUGAAAGAACUGAAACCAAAACCAACUCAGCAGAUAAGUGAACAUUUGCAAGAGAUUGUGAUACUGCCUCCUGUCAGUGAUAUUUUCUCUGUAGCUGUGUCUCCAAGUGACACAGAAAAACAUGAAAACACUGUUAUAGUUGAUGCUGCAAUUAUGGGAUUAAUCAGUCAACAAAGCACCAUUGUAACACCUGGAGCAAGUCCCACCCAGGCAGUGUCCCACUCACCACAGUUGAUUUCUUCCAAAGAUGGCGUUACAGAAAAACUUAAAAUACCAGUCCAUGCUAGUGGUCAAAAUGAUUAUGUUGAUUCAAACAUAUAUUCAGAUAUUAGUCUCACUAGGACUGUCCACCUUAUACCUGAUCUGAAAAUAACUCGGUGCUCAUCUGCAGAGGAAGAUGUAGAAGGAGACCAUGUUACAGAAAAGCAGGAUAUAGUCCCAUUGUCUGAUGCUCCACAAAUUCUCCAAGAGAAGUUUAAAGACAAGCAAUCAUUUAUGACAAGCGACAGCAGUGCUGAUGCACAAACUGCUGAUGAAAUGGAACCUAUAUCAGUUGUUUGUGAAAUGCCCAAGCCAACAGUCACUGCACGUCCAGCCCCUCUUCCCGUUUCAGUCACCACUUCUGCAGACACAGAGCCAGUAUCAAUGAUUUGUGUCCCGCACCCAGUGACUGUCCCAUCUCCAGCAGAAACACAAAGCUUAGUUAAAGCUGGAGCUCCACCUCUGGCUGUGGCUUUACCUCCUCUUCCAACUUCUUCUGAAUUGAAUCCAUUAUCUGCUGUUUGUCUCGAAGCUCAAACGAUAUCUAGUUCAACUUCACCUUCCCUGCCAUUUCAUGAUUCAAACAUAUCACUACAUCCUACUUCAGUCCUUGCUCUUGAUCCAACUCCAGCUUCUGCCUCUGCUGAAAUGGAACCAAUAUCUGUUAUUUCUGAAGUCCCCAAAGUAACAGAUAAUCCAGCUCCUCAUUCCACUUGUACUUCUGCUCCGGGUCCUGCUUCAUUUCUUCCUCCAGUUUUACCCCCCGCUGAAAUAGAACCCUUAACAGUUGUCUGUGAAGUGCCCUAUGCAAAGGAUACUUCAGCUCCCCAAGUAAAGGAUACCUCAGCUUCAUCACCUCUAGCUCUAGACUUGUCUGCUGCAUCCACUGAGAUUUCAGCUUCAAAACCCCAUCCAUACUUAGAGAAAGCACCUCCAACCUUACCCCCUGUCAUGGCUCAAGUCACUAUUUUCGUUCCAACCACUGUUCCAUCCCCAGAAUUAAAAUCAAGUUUAGAACUGGUUACAGUCUCUAAUGCAUCUGUCCCUGCAGCACCAGUGACAGCUUCCAGCAGCCAGCCUGCACCACCUCCAUGUCCAUCACCACUUAAUUUGUCCACAUACAUGCAUUCUGUAGUUGUGGACAUACAGCGUGGUGUGAAAGAUUCCAUGAAGGCCACAGAUGUUGAGAGAUCAGUGGCUCCUCCUCAGACAGAAACUAUCUCAAGCACAUUUACUACUAAAUCAUAUGCCAUGCCGCCUCAGAAGUCAUCUACAAAGGAGCACGUUGUGAUCUCAGUGCCCAGCUUGGAUACUGAUUCUUUAAUUACCCAUUCAUCAAAAUAUGUGAAACCAGUGGACAGUCCUGUAUCUUCUGCAGUUGUUGGUGUUUCAUCCUUACCUGCUAUAACCCUAUACUCUUCCUCUCCACCAAGAAUCGGGUCUACUCCUGGUGCUCUAAUAACAUCUUCUGUUCGAACAGCGCCCCCUAGUCCUGUAGCAUUACUCAGCUACUCAUCCCAGGAAAGAGUAGAUGGACCUCUUAAAACACAAUCCUUACCUCCCCCCUACCAACCUCAGCCACCUUUCUCCCUUAGAGACAUGCCACCUGUUUGCACAGCACCACCACCACCAAUAAUUUCACCUACUGGACCACUGGCCCUUUCAAAACCUAUGACAAUGGCUCCUGAGACUGAACCAGUUAGAGACCUAAGUACAUCAUACUCAAUGUACAGACCACAGGUGCCUCCACCAAUACUGUCACCUAUCCCAGAUAGGUUACCAGUCAAUAUUCAUCAAGAGGAGGCUCUUUCACCUCAUUAUAAAUAUACUGUUAGUCAGCCACCUAUAACAAGCAGCACACUGCCCACAUCUCCACAUAGCAUCUCUGCACUGUCAUUAAAUUUGAGCACUUCACCAGAGUGCCAAAUGAAUGCAGCAUCACCUAAGUCGCCGCGGACCCCAAGGAGUGGAAGCUCCUUAAAUGGAGCAUAUGUAGUCAUCACUUUACCUUCACAGCCUAACUCACCAACUGAAAGCAUAACUACCCAAGUAUCCACAAAUAAAUGUGAAGUGUUCCAAACCAAAAUGGCACAUUCGACCUUUGAUGCACCUAAUGCAUUUACUCCAUUUACUCAGUACACAAAGUCUGUGGAACAUCAGGGAAUGCAUGGAGGACACAUGGCUGUUUCAGUCUCUGGGCAGCCUGCUAGUUUUCCUAACCUCGUCACCCAAGUGGUCACCACAGAAGUUCAGAGAACAAUGGUCUCUCUGAUCUGUGAAAGGUUACCGCCUUCGCCCACUCCCAGAAGUCCUAGCAUUGCCAUCAGCAUUCCUUCCGAAAUGGCAACCAAAGUGCAACUAAAGCCAAAAGAAAAUGGCACGGUUCCCUACUCUGGAGAUGUCGUGGAUCUUCGUACUUUGAAGAUCAGCAUUCCCAUGACUGAGAAAGGGAUGGAUCUGUCUUCCCUGGAUUCUCGGCGGCAGUCGUUUUCAAGUGAUAGCAGUGGACGUCCAACGAGUGCCGUACACUCGGCGAUAGUAAAUCUCAGUGCGGCAGCAUCACCGGUUCCGACCCUGUCUUUUGUUACUGACAGUAUAACUGUCACCUGCUCUGCCACAGUGACACCCAGCAGUGUUAUGGACAGGCCGUUGACUCAUGCUUCUGUUUUUUCAACUCCUCUUCAGCUAACAACAUCCAAGACAUUUGAGCCUGUUGCCCAAAUAAUAUAUAGGCCUUUAGAUUCAAAACCUUUGAGUAGCUUCUGUAUCGACACUCCCAUUAAUCUUUCUCUUGGGGCGAUUACUGGCAUAGAGACAUCCAAGUCACCCAUUGGUGAUGUUCCAGUGAGCAUGACCAAUGGCACCAUGUGUAUUGAGACCGGGGUGGUGGGGGCGGUGGACCUAACCAAAACAAAGCCGCUUCAAACUGUAGUCACUCUUGAGGAGUCGACCUCCGAGGUCUUCACCACUGUUAUUGAGGAUGACCCCCAGCCUGUGGACCUUACAGGGGGACGACGAGCUGUCUGCUGCGACAUGGUCUACAAACUUCCUUUCGCAGGCAUAUGCACAACACCGCAGCCAGCACCAGCCCUUCCAGAAGACCGGUUCGGAUACCGAGAUGAUCAUUACCAAUACAAUCGCUCAGGACCUGCCGGCAGCAAGGGUUUUUGUGGCAUGAAACCCUCGAUGUCUGAUACCAACUUAUCCGAGGCAGGAGUGUUCUUCUAUAAAAGCAAAAAUAGUUAUGAUUAUCAUAAUGGGCCAGUGGAGGGCGCUGUGGACUUGUCAUCUGGAAAAAUGUCCACAGGUCAGUAUGAGGGCAUUGCCGAUCUGUCACUGAAAUAUCAUUUUGAUUUGCCUCCACUUAUACCGGGCUGAUGUUUGUUCUUCCUUUUUUGUUCUUUUUCUUUUUUUGUGUCU